UCUAACCAGGCCCAUAGGUUUCUUCGCCCGGAAUCUCGGAGGAAGGGAAGGAAGGACUGAGGGAGUGAGCGCUGGUGCAGCCAUUUCCCAAUCCAAUCACCAAUUACAGUCACCUGGGUAUCAUGAAGAAACCCUAGAAUGUGAACAAUUACUCAGAAAUCGAGAACAAUGGCGAAGCAUUCCGUGAAGAAGCGGUGGCCAUUAGUGUUACUGGCCUUCUUGUCCGUCUCCACGGUGACGGUUCUCUUCAUGAGACCAAACAAUGCCGAUUCCUGCAACACCAAGAACUUCGAACAACAACGGAGUCAGAUUCGCUCACCUGUACAAGAUAGACCUGGUCCCAGCCCCUUAGAUUUCAUGAAGUCCAAGCUUGUUCUCAUGGUCUCGCACGAGCUUUCUCUUUCAGGUGGGCCUUUGCUUCUGAUGGAGUUAGCGUUUCUGUUGAGAGGGGUUGGUUCUGAUGUUGUUUGGAUCACCAAUCAGAAUCCUGUAGAAAAUGACCAGGUGAUUUACAGUUUGGAAAGCAAGAUGUUGGACAGAGGAGUCCAGGUCUUGCCUGCCAAAGGUGAAAAGGCUAUUGAUACAGCUCUUAAAGCUGAUAUGGUCAUUCUAAAUACUGCUGUAGCUGGAAAGUGGCUGGAUGCUGUUCUCAAGGAAAAAGUUUCCCGUGUUCUUCCAAAGGUUUUAUGGUGGAUUCAUGAGAUGCGGGGGCAUUAUUUCAAAGAGGAAUAUGUUAAGCACCUCCCCUUUGUUGCAGGUGCCAUGAUUGAUUCACAUACAACUGCAGAGUACUGGAAAAAUAGGACUAGGGAGCGUUUAAGGAUUAAAAUGCCUGAAACUUAUGUUGUACAUCUUGGAAAUAGUAAAGAGCUUAUGGAAGUUGCAGAUGAUAGUGUAGCAAAGAGGGUUCUUCGUGAGCACGUUCGUGAAUCUCUUGGAGUAAGAAGUGAUGAUCUGCUUUUUGCCAUCAUAAAUAGUGUUUCACGUGGUAAAGGGCAGGAUCUAUUUCUCCGCUCCUUUUAUGAAAGUUUGCAGUUCAUUCAAGAGAAGAAACUUCAGUUGCCAUCUUUGCACGCUGUAGUUGUAGGGAGUGAUAUGAAUGCUCAGACAAAGUUUGAAAUGGAACUGCGUAAAUUUGUUAUAGAUAAAAAGAUUCAGGACCGUGUGCACUUUGUUAACAAAACCCUGGCAGUGGCUCCAUACCUGGCUUCUAUCGAUGUUCUUGUUCAAAAUUCUCAGGCACGAGGAGAAUGUUUUGGAAGGAUAACCAUUGAAGCAAUGGCAUUUCGCCUGCCUGUACUGGGAACUGCAGCUGGAGGCACCAUGGAAAUUGUGGUGAAUGGUUCAACGGGCUUGCUGCAUCCUGUUGGAAAAGGCGGCGUGACACCUCUUGCAAAUAACAUUGUGAAAUUGGCAACUCAUGUUGAAAAGAGGCUGACUAUGGGAAAGAAAGGGUAUGAGAGAGUGAAGGAGAGGUUUAUGGAGAAGCACAUGUCGGAUAGAAUUGCAUUGGUUUUGAAGGAUGUUUUGGCUAGGCAACAUUAAAUUUAGGUACUUUACUAUCAAAUUGUAAAUUGAUUCCACAGGAAAAAGAGACUGUUUUGGCGCGAUUGAAUUGUAUAUUCCUUAUCCUUUGUUCCGUACGUCAAUGGAAAUUGGUCGAUGUAUAGGUCUGUUCUAUAGUUACUUUCCUCGCUAGGAUCAAACAAAAUUGGUCAGUGAAUCAAACAUGCCUGAAGGUUCACUAGGUGAAGAGAAAUCACUUGAUUUAAUGCGUUUUGAUUAA